UAUUGCAUGCGAGUGAGCAGCGGAAAGAUAUCGGAGAAAUUGUUGUAGAAAAUGCGAACAAUUUUCAGAAAAUUUUAAUUUCUGAGCAAAUGGCAAAGUAACAACAGCACAAACAACAACAAAAAAUUAUAGAAUUGCAAAAUUUUAUCGAGCGAGCGUGAACUCGAUCUAUUUGGCAUGCACGUUGGGUCGGUCAGUCGUCAGCGAAGCGGUGUCGGCAACGAAAGUGUUUUGUUUUUAUGUUAAAAGAUUUGAAGAACUCAUGAAUGUAUACUGAAAUUGUUGGCUAAACGUACGAAAAUUAUAUUGAGAUCAAGCAACAAGUGUAUUGAGUAAGAGGUCCGCUUAAUUUUUAUGUUUGCUAAUUUGAUGCCUAAUUUUGUAAUCGCACAACGGCAGCGACACGGUUCACCACUCGCGCGCUUGCACUGCAACAAUUGAGACUUUUCCGGCACAACGCCAACGCCGACGCGCCCACGCAUAGCUCAAGCAAAUCAAAGCAAAAGUAAAAAAGCAAAAGCUUUAAAAAAAAAACAAAAUUAAAAUAAAAUAAGGCAGCACCAAAUGGCGAGCAAUAAUAUGAGCAGCACUGCGCCAAAUGGCAAUGGAGCCACGACGAGUAUCGCAACACACUUUAGCAACGAGCUGCUGCGCGUCAUCGUGAGCACACAUGGCGCCGACAACAUUAUCAUAUCGCCGCUCCAGCUGGAGGCACUACUCACUCUGCUCUAUCUCGGCAGCGAUGGCGGCACCGCUGAGGAGUUGCAGCGCGUGCUACAGCUGCAGCGUUUCGCCAGCAAUGCCAAAAUGGCCAAUCACUACGCGACGGAACUGCAGUUGAGCACGGACGCAGCGGCCGACACGCACAUGCAACUGUGCAGUGAGUUGUUGUUGCCCGCGGAUGUGGAAGUCAGCGAUGAAUUUCGUAAAAUCGCGCAGAAAUAUUUCCACACCACAGCAUUGCAGCGCGAUUUCGGCAGCCUUGUGAAAUUGUGCGCGCAAAUCGAUGAGGAUUUGGCCCAGGCGACCGCCGAUGGCUAUGCGUGGCGCAUCAGCGAUGCCUUAUUGUCCGCGCCUGAGGUGACGCCAUCAGCGGCCAUCGCAUUGGCAGCUGUGCAUUUCCAGAGCAAAUGGUUUCUGCCGUUUAGCGCCUAUCGCACGGGCCUCUACGACUUUCAGUUGAGCGCUGGCGAAGCGCCUGCAGCGAAUGGCGUGCAACAGCUGGCGCCACCUGCAGCCGUGGCGGUGCCGAUGCUCUUCGACGAUGAUAUGUUCGUGAAGUUCGCCGAGUUUCGUGAGUUGGAUGCGCGUGCCAUUGAAUUGCCUUACGAGCAUGACGACGAGUUGGCCAUGCUGGUGGUGUUGCCAAAUCAGCGCGAUGGCCUGGCGGCGUUGGAAAAGCAGUUAGAAGCGCUGGAUCUCAAUGCGUUGGCGGAACGCAUGCAGAUGGAGAGCGUACAGGUGCUUUUGCCGAAAUUUAAAAUCGAUUUUGAAUGCAGCCUGCGGCGCACUUUGGAACAGCUGGGCAUCACCACUAUUUUCUCGAAAGCGUCGAACUUUAAGAAUAUGUUGCGUGAAAACUCCACAGCUCCACUAAUUAUUUCGGAUGUUCUACACAAAGUCUGCAUAGAGGUCAAUGAGUCGGGCACGGAAGGUGCCAGCAAUGUUGCCUACAAACCGAUUGUGAUUAGCAAUUCGAUUGACUCGCGCAAGAAAUUCUUUCGUGCCGAUCACCCGUUCUACUUCGCCAUACGAAGUCGAGAAGCCACUUAUUUUGUCGGUCAUAUCACAAAGUUUUGAGCGAUGUGCAAUUCGCUAGUCCAAAGCAUAUUUCUAAUUUAAGUUUUAAGUAAUUAUACUUACGUGAAGUUUUUUUGUAUGUAAAUAUCUCCAAUAUGUACGAUGUGUUAACGCUUUAAAUAGUGUUUGUUGCUGUAGUAUGCUCAUAAAAUAAUACCGUUAAGUAAGCAAUGCCAGAGAUUAUAGCUAAGUGCGCUGAAUGUUAAAAUAACCUGGAAUUCUCAGUCCAUUAUGAAUAAAAAUAUGUUAAAUAAAACUGCAGUCCAAUUUUCA